UUGAGUGCAACUUAUUAUUAUUAUUAUUAUUAAUUCUUUUUUUUAACAAGAUAUUAUUAAUUCUUUUAAGUUUGGGUGGGGACUUAAUAUUCUCUUUAUACUUUGGGUUGUCAAUGCAUAUAGAUAUCCACGUCUUUAUCAAGUUACAAUUAAAAAUAAUAAUAAAUAAAUACUUAGUAAGCAAAAAAGCCACGUCAUCCUAAAAAUUCAAGUAAUAAAAUCAGUCCUUAAUUUUUUGUUUAUUUUCUUUCAUUUGGCGACCAACUUAUAAUAAAAUAAUUCAAGAUCAUAUCAAAAAUAGAAACCCAUUAGCCUCCCACUUGAGAAAUUGAAUGGUUAAAUUUUUUGCAUUUCAUGUUUGUUUGCUUGUGUGUAAUUGUUGUGAGUUCCAUCUUGGUAUGAUUGACAUAAAUUUGACAAUUUGUGACAUUUAUUCUUGAAAUCAGAUCACAUAUUGUUAUAUAUACAUUUUCACUGUUCUCUGAAAAAAAAAUGUAAAAUGAUUCUAAAAGUUUUUCAUAUGUCUUGAAAUCAAGAAAAAGUCACACCCAGUAUUUAUUGAGUAAGGACUUAAUAUUCUCUUUGGACAUUGGGUUGUGUUGUCAAUGCGUGCACAUCUUAUAAAUCCACUAUCUAGGCCAAGUUUGGAUUGCACUAAAAAAUGAAAGUUAGAACGUUUGACAUUUUUUCUGUGGGUCCUGUUUGCCAUUUGGGUUUUAGUGAGAAAGUCUUCCUCAUUUAUUUUUGUUUAAAAAUAUUACUAUCAUUUUAACUCUUUAAGAUAAAAUGAAAGAGUCCAUUUUCCUGGCAAUGAUCCCCAUUAAGCACCUGAACUGGACAAAACCGUAUAAUUUUAUUUUAUACCAUUGUGGAAUUUGAUAUUCUCCCAAGGAUGAACCCUGUGGCCAUUGUAGCUGGCUGUGGACCAAAAGGAUUGUAUUGCGGAAACUUCAUGGAAGGAGGAUCUCUAUUUAUAUCGUCCCCAAUAUUUUUCUCUAUCAAUUCCAAAUUUCCAGCUACAUUUCAUCUCUCUCCGAUUCAAUUUCAGCACACAUGUUCUUCUUAAUCGUCAGUUAACAAAUCAUCCUGAUGGCUAUCGUGACCAAUGAAAGAGCCUCUUCUUCUUUUUCGUCUUCCACUCACCAAUGGAGCUAUGAUGUAUUUUUGAGUUUUCGAGGUGAAGAUACCCGUUAUGGUUUUACUGGCCAUUUAUAUAAGGCUUUGUGUGACAAGGGUUUUAACACCUUCAUGGAUAAUCACCUUCAAAGAGGAGAAGAAAUUUCAGUGGAACUUCUCAAAGCCAUUGAACUGUCGAUGAUUUCUAUCAUCGUAUUUUCUGAAAAUUAUGCAUCUUCUACUUGGUGCAUGAAUGAACUUGUCAAGAUUUUUGAGUGUAAGAAUAAUGGCCAGUUAGUAUUACCAAUUUUUUAUAAAGUGAAUCCAUCAGAGAUACGUAAAAUAAAGGGAAAGUUUGGGAUAGACCUUGCUGAACAUGAAGAAAAAUUAAAAGAUGAUGUGGAGAAGGUUCAGAGGUGGAGGGCAACAUUGACUAAAGCAGCUAAUUUAUCUGGAUUUCUUUAUCGUGAUGGCUGCAAUGAAUUCGAAUUUGAAUUUAUCCAAAGAGUUAUUAAAGAAAUAUCAAGUAUGAAAUCAAAUCGUGUGCAUUUAUUUGUUGCUAAAUAUCCAAUUGGAAUAGAUUUUCAAGUGGAGGCCAUAAAAUUGCUUUUAGAUAUGGAUUCAGAUGAUGUUCGCAUGAUAGGAAUUCAUGGUCUUGGAGGAAUAGGUAAGACUACAAUUUCAAGAGCUGUUUAUAAUAGAAUUGCUGAUCUUUUUGAAGGAAGUUGUUUUCUAGAGAAUGUUAGAGAAAUGUCUAAUAUAAAUGGUGGCAUAAUCCAACUACAAGAGACGCUUCUCUCUAAGAUCUUACAAGAUAGAUAUUUGAAGGUGAACAGUGUAUCUGAAGGAACUAGUUUGAUAAAGGAAAGACUUCAUUGUAAAAAAGUUCUUUUAAUUCUAGAUGAUGUGGAUAAAUCAAAAGAAAUAGAAAAUUUGCUUGGAGAAUGUAAUUGGUUUUCUUCAGGAAGUAGAGUCAUUAUAACAACAAGAGACAAACAAGUGCUAGCUACUCUUGGAAGAGAUCAUCAAAUUUACAGGGUUAAAGAAUUGAAUCAACGUCAAGCUCUUGAACUUUUUAGUCUACAUGCCUUCCAAACAAGUAAACCCAAGGAAGAUUAUUCAAAUCUUGCAAAGCAAAUUAUAUGUUAUGCCAAUGGCCUCCCAUUAGCUUUAAAAAUAAUGGGUUCUGAUUUGUGUGGAAAAAGUAUACUAGAAUGGAAAAGUGCAAUAGAAAAGUAUAAAAACAUUCCACAUGAAGACAUUGAAAAGAUACUUAGAAUAAGUUAUGAUGGAUUGGGAAAAAACGAAAAGGAUAUUUUUCUCGAUAUUGCGUGCUUCUUCAAAGGAUUCCACAAGGAUGAUGUUGUAAAUAUAUUAGAUAGUUGCAAUCUAUAUCCAAUUUAUGGUAUUGGAAAGCUUAUCGAUAAGUGUCUCAUAACUGUUGAUUCAAUUGGUAUUUUGCUUAUGCAUGACUUGCUACAAAAAUUGGGUAGAGAAAUUGUACAACAAGAAUCAGAAGAGCUUGAAAACCGUAGCAGAAUAUGGUGUUAUAAUGAUGCUCAUGAAUUGCUAACCGGAAAUAUGGGAUCAAAUAAAAUUUGAGGUAUCAUGUUGCGCUCACCUAAACCAAUAAAGGUGUCAUUGAAAUCUAAAGUUUUCAAAAGGAUGAAAAAUCUCAAAUUUCUGAUAGGUGAUGUACACAUUGAUAAAGAACUUGAUUAUCUACCGCAUAAGUUAAGGUUUCUUGAAUGGAAUGUAUCUCCUCUUUCCUUAUCCUCCAAAUGUCUUCCUCCUCAACAACUUGUUGCACUCAAAAUGUCUAGCUUUAUAGUGGAGAAUGUAUUCAAGCAGGAGUUCCAGUACAAAAAUUUGAAAAGUAUCAGUCUGAGUAAGUGUGAUUCGAUUACUAAAGUACCCGACUUGUGUGCCCCAAACUUAGAGACAUUGGAAAUUUUAGGGUGUAUAAAUUUAAUUGAAGUUCAUGAGUCCAUUGGAUUUCUUGAUAAGCUUAAAUUAUGGAAAAUUUUGGUCUGUCGAAAACUUGAAAUUCUUCCAAGUAAGCUGAUGUUGAAAUCUCUUGAGUAUUUUUAUCUUAGCUGGUGCAUGAGUCUUAAGAAGUUCCCUGAUAUACACCCAGAAAUGAAACGUUUAAAAGAAUUAGUUUUGUUUUUUAAUGAUUUUAGAGAAUUGCCUUCAUCACUGGGGUAUCUCUCUGGGCUUCGUACGUUAAGUUUUUGCCAUUACCUUAAGGAGUUUCCAAUUAGCAACAACAAAUUGCAACUGCUUGAGGAAAAAGAUACUCUUACUUCCAAAUUGGGAAUGGCCUUUACAAGACCUGGGUUUCUAAGCUUGACAAGUCUAGAUCUUAGUCAUGGAAAUAUAACUGAAUUAGAUUUUUGGAUGCAACCCGAUUGCUUCCCCGUAUUGAGAUCUAUAAAUCUAGCUGGAACUAGUAUUGUUUCCAUCCCAGAAUGUAUUAUCAAAUUUACUACAUUAGCAAAUCUUGACAUAAAAAACUGCGAACGGCUUCGGGAUAUUCCAAGGCUUCCGCAAUCUAUAGAAACAGUGAAUGCAGAGAAUUGCAAUUAUUUGGAUCCACAAUCAUCAAUCAAUUUAUGGAAGCAGUUUGGAGAAAUUCUAGGGAUUUUACCUGAAGCUGCAACAAGCAAUAGUCUCCCCGAAUUUGAAUCAGAAAUUGGGAGCUCUGGCUCUGAAUCUGAAAUUGAGAGUGAUAUUGUCCUUGAUGACUCCAAAUCUGAAUCUCAAAUUCAGAGCUCUGGUUUUGAAUUUAAAUCUCAAUUUGACUUUUAUUUACCUUAUCUUCUACUACCAGGAAAUGAGAUUCCAAAGUGGUGCAAAUUUAACCACCAGAGCGUUGGAAAUUCCGUAUCAUUCUGGGUCGGUCCCAAAUUUUCAAAUUUGGAUGUCUGUGUUGCUUUUCCGUAUCAUUCGUGGUUCGCCUAUUUCAGUGACGAUUUUUCAAUUGGCAUUUCCAUUAAUAAUUGUGAAAAACAAAUUAUUUGUAGGGCUCAUGUAACAAGUGAUACUGAUCAUCUGUGGUUAAUUUAUGGGCAAUUGAAUAUAUCAAAUCCAUGUGAACAAAAUCAUAUUGAGCUUGAGGUUACAGGUUCGAAAAACUCAAGAUCUGAUUACAUAAAUUGCUUGAGGUUCCAUGUAGAAUGCAUCUGUUGUCCUCCAAGACCCGAUAUUCCUCUCAUCCCCAUGGCUCCUGUUCUGCCACAUGUAUGGGAUCAAUGGGCUUUUAACAAUGUAGAUGAAGAUUCAAGGCUUUCAAUGGAAACAACCGCAUUAAUGGGUUUGAAGGCUGUGAUUUAAGUUUGCUGCCACUUGGCUAUCCCAUGGGAUACGAUUACACUGGGCAGAUUUCUUUGCCAUCCGUGGCUUCUAAUGGAUACCAAUUACACUUUUGGUUCAUCUUCAAUUGGCCAUGCCUUUGUAAACGAUGAAUUGGCCUUGAACCUGUAUCCACCGUCGAAAUGGGAACAUGUCUUUCAAACUUGGGAGAAAUAUGACUCCAUCCGAGAACAACCUUUAAAUUUAGAACAGGAAUUCAAGUUCUGAAGAUUGGCAUAACAAAUUAACUGUCUUCUCUCUUUCAACAAUAUUCUUCAGUGGAUAUUCCUUCAUGAACAGCUGAAACUGUGAAAGGGCACCAUGGUGUGUCUUAUGACAUUACUACACCUCUUGGUGUACAUAAUCUACUGGAGGUAUAAAAUUUUAUCCUUUACCUUCUAUUGGGCCAAAAUCUGAAUAACUAUCUCUUAAGCUUUAACAAAAGUUUAAAUUAUGCUCGACUUUAUGAUUGGGCUAUGUGCUCUGAUUUCUUUCUUACUUACCCAAAAAAAAAAGUUUUUCCCUUUCUUCAUAAGCAAUACUUUUAUAUAAUACUCUUGAUUUCAUAAAUUAAAACUAGCACCCUUGUGGGGCCAAUCUGGUGGAUACCUUGCUUGAAGUUUUUGGUAAUAUUUAGAUAGACAAGCUUAUAUGUCCUUAACUUAGAUGGUUUAAUAUUGCAGGAUGUUGUUAAUGACAGGAUAUUCCUUUAUUAACUGCUGAAGUUGUGAAAGGGCACCCUAUGUGUCUUAUGACAUUAUUGCACUUCUUAUUCUUUUGAUGAACAAAAAAUGAGUAGGGGGCAACUUGAGUUGGUGUCUUUUACCUGGGUGUAACUAUAGUGGUACCCUACUCAUUAGGCUAGGGCCUGCAGAAGUAGGGGAUUCAGAUGAGUCAUAACUAUGCACCUCUUGACCUGCAUAAUCUACUUGUGGUAAAAAAAUUUAUCAUUUA